ACUACGUUGUCAUUCAACAAUCUGAGCAGGGACUUUGGACAGGGAAAUUCGAUGAGCUAGCCAUUAUGCUUCGAGGCGCAAAGCUUGACCCCACACCCUGCCAAACACGCGCUGAACGCUAACUUAUUAGCUUCCUUGAGCAGCGGGCUGCGAGGAGGCGGAGGAGCGAAAUGGCGAUGCUGCGGGCGGCACAUUAUAAGCCGGAUGCGGUCGACUUGCCAUCGGUGCCCGGCAAGUCGCCCCCCAAACACAGGCCUGGGGGGAUACUUGACCUGGCCAUGACAGCAGCGGACCGCUAUGCGCUCAGCCUGCUGCCCCAGGGGCUGAAGGGCACGGGGCUGGGCGACGGCCAGGCACCCACGGAACGCGGCGGUCACGGAGCGGCCAGCGCACCGCAGGCUGCCCUGCGCAUGCAGCGCGGCAACCAGGGCGGCAUAGGCGCGGGGGCGUCCAUGCUGCAGACCAUGCCGCCGCAGCUAGGCGUAGGGCCGCAGCAGCAUCUGCCGCCGCCGCUGGACAGCCGCGUCGUGAACAGCUGGGACGCCAGCCUGAAGGAGAUCCUGGCGGCGCUGGAACCCGACACCCGAUCAACCGUGAAGCCUGCCAAGCUGCGGGACCACAAGUACCCGGCUCAAAAUCACGGCAUGGCGAUGGCCGGCGGCCCGGGGGCCGCAGCCAGCCCGGGGCGGCGCGAGCUGGACGAGUCGCUGAUGGCGCUGCCCGCCACCACGCGCCGCACCAAGCCGCUGGGGGCCGCCUACGGCUCGCCGCUGGCCAAGAGCUAUGCGGGCGGCAGCCGGCAGGCGCGCAGGCCGGACGCCAUGGACGUGCAGUACGACCUGGUGCCAGGCGUGCGGCUGGCGUGGGCGGGGUCGCCGGGCGGCGCGUCCGGGCCCGGCUACGCCGCCACCUCGGGGUACGGCGGCAGCCCGCGCAAAUACACCAGCCAGCUGGUGGGGCGCGUCAACCCGCACUACGCCAACGGAGGCGGCGCGGCGCAGCAGGACACCACGCUGCACCUGCCCGACAUCUCGCCCGGCCACACGGUCCACGGCACGCCGCAGCCGCACCAGCACCCCAGCUUCCGCGGCGCCAGCUACCCUGUGCCGGCAGCCAGCAGCUACCAUACCUGGACCGGCCCCUCAGCAGCCGGAGGCGGCGGCGGAGCCGGCGCCGGCACCGGCUCCACGCGGCGUGCGGCUCUGCCUUACGUGUCCGCGAACGUGCCCUCGCUCGCCAAGCCCCUGGACGUGCGAUAUCACCCAGUGCUCAAGUCGCCUCACUCCACGGGGCCCGCGUUCGCGAGCCCGACGAUGUCGCCCGGUGCGGGUGGCGGGUGGGGCGCGCGCAUGUCGCCGCCGGCGCGGCCCAGCACCGACGGCCAGCAGCAGCCCUACACGCCGCAGUCGCCGCAGGGUGCGUUCGCGGCAGUAAGCGGCGCGCCUGGCUCGGCGCCUGCGUGGGGCGCUCCGCCUCAGUCCCCAAGGUCGCGCGUGCCGCCGCAGACGCCACCGGAGGUGGUGGCGGAGGUGGCGCGGCUGCGCCACGCUCAGGAGCUCAAUGGCGUCAUCAGCGGCAUCCGCAGCGACCUGCAGGCUGCGCACGCCGGCGGCGGCGCGGCAGCGCUGGCGCCGGCGCGCGGCGGCCCCGUGGGCGCGGUAGACGCCAGCCGUUCCAAGUUCCUGCAGAUGUACGAGGAUCCUAACAAGCCGCUGCCCAAGCUGAAUCCCAAGCAGCUUCUGGGCGAGGUGGCGCCGGCGGCGGGCGCGAAGGGCAAGAAGCCCGCGGGCGUGUCGGCGGGCAAGGCCGCGGGCGCGGCGCUGGGCGGCGCGGGCUCACCAACGGGCGGCGUGGGCCGCUCGCCUAUGGCGGACCGUCGGCUCAAGCCGCUGGGCAGUGGCGCGGUGCCGGUGCCUGCGGGCGGCACGGCAGCGCCAGACGCUGCCGACGCGGCGGCUGAUGCGGCGCAGGGCGCGGGCACAGGCGAUGGCAGCGAGGAGGAUGCGCUGCAGAACAUGCACCUGCACCUGCAGCCAACGGAGCCGUCAUCCGUGGAGGGCCCUGCGGCUGCCGAGGCGGCAGCGGCGCCGGAGGCCGGGGCGCUGGAGGCAGCAGCGAAUGGCGACGGUGACGGCGGGCUGGGCGGGGAACCCAGCAGUGGGCGUGCGACUCCCAUGUCCUCGUAUUUUGAGCGCGACGAGACGCAGCUUACAAACGGGCAGGAGGGCGAGACGCUCGGCGACGAUGGUGUUGCGACGCCGCGUGAAGCCGCACCGGCCGGCGAGGCUGCAGAGCCAGCGGUGGAGUCCACGGCCACGGCUGAGGAGGCGACGUCGGCAGCGGCUGGACCAGCUAGCUUCUUGCCGGCAGGCGUGUCGAAGGAAGACGCCGAAGCGAAGGUGUUGCUGAUCCAAACACGGGCUCGCGGCUACCUCGCGAGGAAGCAGGUUGCGGCAGUUAAGAAGGCGCAGGCAGAGGCGCAGGAAGCUGCAGCAACAGAGGCGGAGGCAAGAGCGGAAGCCGAGGUGUCGGAGGCAGAGACGGCGGCCGCUGAGGCAGAAGCGAAGGUGGCAGUUGAGGCAGCGGCUGCGGCGGAGGCGGCGGCCGCUGGGGAUGCAGAGGCAGCACCUAUUGCUGAGGCAGGGGCAGCCGCGGCGGCUGCAGCAGCAGCUGAGGAGGUAGCCCAGGCAGCCGCCGACGAGGCUGCGGCGGCUGAGGCGACGGCGACAGCGACUUCAGAUGAAACAGCAGAGGCGGAGGCGAAGGCUGCUGCUGAGGCUGCAGCAGAGGCGAAGGCAGCAGCUGAAGCCGCUGCGGCCGCCGAGUCGCAGGCAGCUGCGGCGGCAGAGGCCAAGUUGGCUGCGGAAGCCAAAGCAGCUGAGGCAGCUGCUGAGGCGGCUGAAGCGGAGGCAAAGGCCGCUGCGGAAACCAAGGAGGCAGCCGAAGCAGCAGCUGCAGCGGAGGCAGAGGCCAAAGCAGCCGCGGAGGCCAAGGCAGCUGCUGAGGCGGCAGCCGCUGCUGAGGAGGCAGCGAAGGCGGCGGCUGAGGCUGCUGUGGCGGCCGCAUCGGAGGGUGCACAAGACGCUGCCGCAGAGCCCGAGUCUGCAGCACCAGCUGAGCCCGAGCCCAUUGCGGAGUCCGAGCCCGUUGCUGAGCCGGAGACAGCCGCAGAGCCAGAAACCGUCGCAGAGCCGGAGGCGGCCGCAGAGCCGGAGGCGGCCGCAGAGCCGGAUGCUGAAUCCGCGGAGCUAGAACCGAAGGCCGCCGCGGAUGAGCCAGCGGCGCCCACUGAAGCGGAGCCGGCUGCGGAACCCCAGCCCGCGGCGGAGGCAGAGGGAGAGGCACCGUCGGAGCCGGCUGCGAGCUCGGCCCAGCCGGAACCUGCCCCUGCCAAGGCAUUCGAGUUGCCCCCGGGUGUCACUCAGGAGGACGCGGCCAAGGCGGCCCUACGCAUUCAGACACAGGCCCGCGGCUACAUGGCCCGGAAACAGGUGGCGGACAUCAAGAAGUCGCGUGCUGAGGCGCCGGCGGCGUCGGAACCGGCACAAGAGCCGGCGGCGACGCCAGAGGUUGCGCCGGCGGCACCCAAGUCGUUCGAGCUGCCUGCCGGCGUCUCGGAGGAAGACGCCCAGAAGGCUGUGGUGCUCAUCCAGACGCAGGCGCGCGGCUACCUUGCCCGGAAGCAGGUGGCGGAGCUCAAGCGCGGGCGUGAGGAGGGCGCGGCGGGCGCGGCGGCGCUCACGGCGGCGGUCAGCGCGGCGGCGGCGCAAAAGCUGGAGAGCUACGACCUGCCUGAGGGCGUGUCGCAGGAGGAGGCGGAGCGCGCCGCAACGCGCGUUCAGGCGCACCUGCGCGGGCACCUGGCGCGCAAGCGCGUGCAGCACAUGCGCGCGGGCCGUGGCGGCGCCGCUGCCGCCAACGCCGAAGGCGAUGACGGCGAGGAGCCGGCGGACGUGUCGUUGCGGGAAGCGGGCGAGACGGUGGGGCACAUGGGCGUUCACGCGGAGGCGCCGCUGCCGGAGCCGGAGCUGCCGCCGCCGGAGACGCCCACCAUCGACGCGCUGGCGGAGGUGCUGGCGGACGACGAAGACGACAUCGCAGCCAAGGCCGCCGCCGACGGGGAAGCGGCAGAGGCCGCCGCCAACGCGGAGCCGGAGGCGCCGGUUGAGCUCGACAUGAAUGACCCCGCUGCCGUGGCCGCCGCCGCAGCGGCGGCCGCCGCCGCCGCCAAGGCCGCCGCCGGUGUGCGAGUGCUGGGCGACGCGCCGCCACCCGGCGCCGACGGCGAGGGGUCUGACACCGCCACCACCGCCGACCAGGCGGCGGUGGAGGCGAAUAUGGCCCGCCUGGCAGCCAACUCGGCCCGCACGAGCGCCAUGUUCCAGGGCGCCGGCGCUGAGAUGCGCUACUCGGACGACGAGACCUCUGCGCUGGAGCUGAUGGACGGGCUCGACGGGCUCAUGCAGGGCGACGACGAGGCGGCGGAGGCCGCUGCCGCCGUGGCGGCGGCGGCCGCGCCGGCGGACGGCGAGCUGGUGUCGAUCAGCGUGGACGGCCUGAGCGCGCCCAAGGCGCUGGGCAGCCCCCCCGGGCGCGAGGCCAGCAAGGCCAACCCGCUGGAUGUGUUGGAGCCGGGCGGUGUGCGUGUGCUGGCAGGCAAGUAUGAGGUGCAGCACGUGGUGGGCGAGGGCGCGUACGGCAUGGUGAUGAAGUGCAAGGUGCGUGCCACGGAGCCGCCGCAGUGGGUGGCCAUCAAGGAGUUCAAGAUCGAGGACAGCGACCCUGACGCCGAGGACGUCAAGCGCACCAGCCUGCGCGAGGUGUCGGUGCUGGAGGCGCUGCACCACCCGCACGUCGUGGGCUUCGUGGACAAGUUCAUGGUGGGCGACCGGCUGUUCAUCGUGAUGGAGUUCCUGCCCUGCAACCUGCUGGAGCUGCUGGAGGCGCAGCCGGGCGGCAUGGACCGGGACGCGGUGCGCCUCAUCAUGUUCCAGCUGUGCUCCGCCAUCGCCUUCAUACACAGCAAGAAAAUGGUGUACCGCGACAUCAAGCCCGAGAACCUGCUGGUGGACGAGCACGGCACCGUCAAGCUGUGCGACUUCGGCUUUGCGCGCUACCUGCCCGGCCGCCCCACCUCGCACCUGACCGACUACGUGGCUACGCGCUGGUACCGCGCGCCCGAGCUGCUGCUGGGGCCGCCCUACCGGGACGCGCAGGGCAAGCACAUCCAGUUCAUGUACGGCCCGCCCGUGGACAUGUGGGCCAUCGGCUGCCUCAUGGGCGAGCUGCUGGACGGCGAGCCCUUGUUCGCCGGCGACUCCGACCUGGACCAGCUCUACCGCGUGCAGCAGAUCCUGGGGCCCAUGGCUCCCGCGCACCAGUACCUCUUCUACGCCAACCCGCACAACACAGGCAUCGUGUUCAACAUCAAGCAGCCGCUCAGCCUGGCGGCGCGCUACCGCGGCAAGGUGUCGGACCUGGAGCUGGACUUCCUGGCGGGGCUGUUGGAGAUGGACCCGGAGAAGCGGCUCACGGGGGAUCAGUGCCUGCAGCACCCCUACCUGCAGGACCUGGCCGCGGCGGCGCAGCAGCAGCAGCUGCUGCCGCAGGCAGAGGCGGCGGAGGCAGGGGCAGAGGCGCAGCCGGUGGAGGGCAGCAACGCUCGGGAGGGCGAGGGGGCAGCAGCGGAGCCGGGGCCAGGGUCAGAGAGCGGCACCGAUGCCAUGGACGCGGACGCGGCGAGCGCAGCGAGCCCGCGCGCGAGCGGCAGCGGCGGCGCAGGGGCGGCGGAGCCGGCCACGCCGUUGACACCCAUGCGGCCAAGCGGCACGGGUGUGUCCGACGCAGGCGGCGACGAAGACGUGGUGACGAGCCGGGCCGAGUCGCUCAGCCGGGCAGCGGGCUCGUUGUCGAGAGCGGGUGGCUCCAUGAGUCGGAGCGCGCUGGCGUCGUCGCCGCUCGUGGGCGCGACGGCACCGGGCUCGGGGCCGGCGCGGGCGCCGUCGCUGGUGCGCGCGGCGGAGAGCGGCGAGGUGGUGAUUGUGGAGGGCGUGGAGGAGGGCGAGGAGUCGCCUGGUGGGGACCCGGUGUUGGGGCUGGCGUCUGCGCUGGAGGCGGUCGCGGAGGAGGAGCCCGAGGCGCCGGCAGCGCCGGACGCGGAUGCGGAGGCUGGGGCGGAGGAGGCGGAAGCAGAAGCAGAGGUGGCGGAGGUAGCAGAAGCGGAGGAGGCGACAGCGCAGGACGCGGAAGGGGAGGAGGCGGAAGCGAACGAGGCAGAAGCGGGGUCGGGGGCGGACGUAGACGUGGUCGAUGCGGAUGCAGGUGCCGGGGAGGCCGAUGGGUUGGAGGGGGGCGCAGCGGAAGAGGCGAAAGCAGCCGAUGGCAUGGAGACGGAAAGGCCUUCGGCUGGCAAGGAGGCGAAGGACGAGGAGGUGGAAGUCGCUGCUGCGGAGUAGGCGCUAGCUGGCAGCGCGUAGCGCCGCCCUUUUUGAGGGGCGGUCGCGAGUGGAUCUCCCUGAUACGUGCGCACACGUCCGAAAGAGCACACGCAAGCAUAUGUCAUGCUGUCGCUCUGUGAAGGGACGGCUUGGGGUGUCCGCGAACAACGUAGGCUCUUGUAGAUACUCAUGUCCGCCAUGUAUGUCAGAGGCGGCUAUUUGCUGCGCGCUAUCACGGCGCGAGUAUGUGGGCACUGGACAGAACGUUCCGUGUGUGUUUGCGCAGGGUGUGCAUGCAACGUGUGCGGGCUAGUAUGGUGCGAUGUUGUGCAUGCAUGUUGGGCUAUAGAAGGAUGACGAAGAGCAACAGAUGGUUGCUACCGUGAUAGGAUUUCCCCACACGGGAUGGGGCGGGGUCGGUGGGCACGACCGCACAAGGCCGGGAGGAGGUUGGCUGCAGCACUGUUGGCCUUGGCGUGAUCAGAUGUGAGAAAGUGGACAUUUUGCGCGUUACACGGCGCGUUGGGGCAGGCGUGGCCGCUACGCAUAGCGAGCCCCUAUGCCUGGCUGUGGAGACUGGAAUGACAUGUAGUACAAGGUGGAUGCUCGGGCCGUCAGGGAUGCUCGGAUGCAUCGUCUCCGUUACGGGGCUGCUGUGCGCGCGUAAGGUGCGGCGCCCUCAGUAAGGCUGUAAGCCAUGCGUGGU